GCUCCCGGAGGGGGAGAACGUGGCUCCACACCAGCAGGGACUGGAGGGCACAGUAAAUGAAGGCCGUCUGGGUGUCGCCAGGGUGGGGCAUCCUGGCGUGAGGUCCUGCGGCCGGACAGGACGGGACAGUCCCCCGAGGGCUCGGGCCAGUGCACUCCUUGCAGAAUUGAGAACGCGAAGGGUGCUUCACCUUCCUCCUUCACAGCUCUGUAUCCUCGGAUUCUAUUUCUGGAAGACCCCAGGGUCAUCCUCCCUGGGCCUCCACUGCCUUCCAGUUUCCACCAUCCUCCUGCCGGAGGAGCCCAGGUCCUGCCUGUCCUUGGGGCUUCUUCUCACUCUGCCUGCCCCACCCCUGCCUCCCCUUGGGGGCAGCUCCCCAGCCCGGAAGCACCCCGGCUCUGGAAGAGCGCCUUAUCCUUACCCUUGGAGGGGCCCCCAGGGUCCGCCCCCCACCGCAGGACAGCUGAGAGCCCCACGUGACUGUCCAAGGCAGAUGUUUCCUGCUCCCUGGGGAAUGCUGUGUCAGUGGCCAGGCAGGCCCCAGAGCUGAUAUCUCCCUGACCCACCAUGGGCCCCAACCCGCUGCCGCUGCUGCUGGUGGGACUGGCAGCCCAGGCAGCCACCGGCAGCUUCCCGGAGGUGCUGCAGGCCCCCGUUGGGGGCUCCAUUCUGGUGCAGUGCCACUACCGGCUCCAGGACGUCAAGGCUCGCAAGGUGUGGUGCCGGUUCCUGCCGGAUGGCUGCCAGCCCUUGGUGUCCUCGGCGGUGGAUCGCGGAGCCCCGGCGGGCGGCCGCAUGUUCCUCACGGACCUGGGGGGCGGCCUGCUCCAGGUGGAGAUGAUCACCCUGCGGGAGGAGGACACGGGCGAGUACGGCUGCGUGGUGGAGGGGGCGGCGGGGACCCAGACGUUGCACAGGGUGGCCCUGGACGUCGUCCCUCCAGCUCCUAGCCCAGAAGAGGAAGAGGAUACCUAUAAGGUUGGGAGUCUGGCUGAUGGCCCCUCCUUAGACACUGCGGGCAGUGCCAGCCCUUUGGAACCCAGCCAGGAUGAGAAGAGCAUCCUGUUGAUCUGGGGUGCUGUGCUCCUGCUGGGCCUGCUGCUGGUGGCAGCCGUGCUGUUCGCUGUGAUGGCCAAAAGGAGAGGGAACAGGCUUGGUGUCUGUGGCCAAUCUCAGAGCAGCGGAGUUUCAGGCAUGGCCUCCUCCUUAGUGGUCCACCACAUCAGUGACUCUGGCCUGGGAGUUGAUUUGCCAUCGGACAUACCAUAUGCUAGACUCGACUCGCCACCUUCCUUUGACAGCACCACCUAUAGCAGCCUACCUUUUGAUCCUCCAUCAGGGGAAUCCCCACCCCCAGUCCAGUCCUCAUCGCCCCCUCUGCCUCCUAAGGUCUUGCUGUACUCCAAGCCUGUGACAUAUGCCACAGUCAUCUUCCCUGGAAGGGACAAGGGUGGGGGGGCCACCUGUGAGCCAGCCCAGGACCCACCGACUAGCCAAAUGCCACCCAACUAAGCUGUUCAUCAUAUUCUUUAUUCACAGAGACCAUCUUCAGAGUUCUACGCAUCUAGUCAGCCUGCCUACACCAUAGAUCCUUAGGAUAUCAGAACAGCUGGGAAUUUAGGAUCUAAUCUAACAUCUUGACCCUUCUCAUCUAAAAAGUGAUACUUACAUGUGAUUGAGGUGUCCUGGGAACCCCCCAUGCUGGUUCCUCUGCCCUUAUACCACUGAGCUAAAUAAACUCUGAAUGAUAAUACA